GUAUCAGCGCGUCCGAUGUAUUUCUAGCGCACAGCGCUGAAUGUUCGGCUCUUUAUUCGUCGAAUCGUCACCGAAAGCAGCCACCGAAAUGACCAAACAAAUUGUGACUAACUACGUCAACAAGCUACUGCACGUUCUGCAGAGCGUUUCUCUCUACUCACGAAGUUUCUUGAAGGCCCACCCGCAACUGGAAGCUCUGGUCGACACUCAUAUCACGAAACCAACGUAUACUUUGUUCAAGUCGAGCUACCGGUUCAUGAUCAGAUGCUCCAAACCCUCGAAGAAAGAGUACAGGAAAAUGGCCGCGUCCACUUUGACUGGCUUCGCGAUUAUGGGUUUCAUCGGCUUCGCUGUCAAGCUUGUCCACAUACCUAUCAACAACAUCCUGGUAGGACCCAAACGCUAACGCUCGACCGACAGCGCGAGACGACUGCAGAAGCGAUUUAGAGAGCAUGUCCCGACCAUGGAGAGGAAAGUCCUACGACUUUUUGUGUGUGACAUGAUAUGAUAGGUUUCUGCGUGUAACUCCGAUGCAAAGCAUCAAGAAUAAAGGCCAAUCCAGAAAGUUA